UGUGUUGGAGUGAGUGUCGAUGCAUCGAUUCAACGUCUCCGCCCCGGGAGACGUUUGAAUCGUUUGUGGAUCGCCCAUUAGGUCACUGGAAUCCUGUUUAAAUUGCCCCGGGCAGGGUUUGUGGGAAGAUUAGAUUGAAAUUGAGCUUGCAAGGGAGCAUGCAGAGUGAAUGGUCUGAAAAAACGGUUCGAGCCGCGUGCGUCACACGGCGUAAUUCUUCUCAUUUGUUUGUUUGCUUGUUUUCAUUUUUCGACCUUAACUUGAAAGAUUUCGCUAGAAUGUAGAUUGCGCAGACUGUUGCAGAUUGCAGAAGAGUAUUUAUUUCUUUAUUAUUUUGAAAUGAAUGAAUGAAUUAGUUGUUUUUUUUCUGGUCCCUGUUCUUUUUCCUCUCUUCCUCCUGUUGUUUUUGAAGUUAGGGGUGCAUCAAGUAGGGAAUGAUGAUUUUAGGUGCAGGGACUAGUGAUCGUGCAGUGGAUCCUCUUUAGGGUUUUGGAGGUGAUACGGGAUGUAUAUAUGGUUGUGGUAAUGGAGGGAGAUAUGCCGUCGAUGGUUGACAACGUAGAAGUAACUAACAACCAUGGGGGGCAGCUUGGAGGAAAUGUAGUUUUGGACAAAUCGGAUGUUGGGAAUGGGUUGAACGAACGGCAGUUGGCGGAGAAGCUCGAGAGGAGUGAGGCUGGUAGGAAGAAAUUGCGGCUUGCGAUUGCAUUGCUCAAGGAAAAAUUGGAUGCCACUUCUCAGGCUUUAGAGGUUAAUGAGGUCCUUCGUCAGCAGGUGGAGAGGGAGCGGUUGAAUUUCGAUACCGAAAGGAAGAAGGCAGAAAAUGAGAAAUUGUUGCGAGAGAAAGUUGAGGAGGAGAAUUUGACAAUCAAGGAGCAGUUUAUUGGUGUUUUGCAAAGGCUAGAUUUUUUGGAAAGUAGCUACAAGGCAGACCGGAGUGAAUUUGAUAGGAUUCGUUUGGAGGUGAAGGAGACUGUAGGUGCCAUUAGCUCUGCUUUGCAAGCUGUUGAAGCGACAAAGAGUUUGUAUCAUUCUUUGGAGCGGAGCAUUCACGCCAAGAUCAAUGGAGCCGUUCAAUCCUCUUCGAAAUCUUUGGCUAUUGCUCAGAGUGGGCAAGCCACUACGUCCAGAGCACAGGCUGCGGCUCUGGCAGCCCAGUCUUUGGCCAAAGCUGUGCAGAAGGAGGUACAAUUGGUAUCUUCACAGGUCGCUACGUUGCAGAAGCAGGCCUCUAACCUGCAUGCGCUUGAGGCUUCAUUGCUACAAGAAUCGCAACUUAGAGGUCCAGGUACUCCCAUGAAUAGCCCAGACUCUGGGGAAACAAAUGCCUCUUUGGCUGUUCUCAAGGACAAAGUUACUACUGACGCUGUUUCUCCUAGUAACUCAGCUCCUCAAGGGAUUGUACCUAAAAAAUGUCAAACUGAGACACAGAAGAGCUCGCAAAGCAUAGUUGGUUCUGGCGAAGCAGAUAUGCUUAGCGUGCUAGUUGCCUCCACAGAGAAGUCUCGAAACAAUCUGGUGUCUUCUAGUGCUACCUUUCCUCCCCGGGGGGGAAUGAUUCUGAGUAGGAGCCAAAUUCCUGAUGGAGGUUUGAAGUCACAGACGUCUAUACCACAGGUUCGUGCUGGGGUUAAAAGCCCCAGAAUAGGUCCUCCGGAAUCAGCAAGUAGGGAAGAAUGCACGUCAAAUGUUCCUCCCAAGCAGCUUGUGUCUACGUCCUGCAAGAAAGGCCCAGUUGCAAUUAUUAUGGGGGUUGAUUCUAUUUUGAGUCCUGCUGCGCGUAUUCCUGCUCCAUUGGACUCUGCUAAAAAACCUGUGCCUUCUUUAUAUAUUACUCCAUCAGGUGCUAGGACCAGUUCUUUGCAGAAGCAAGUUGAAGCACGGCCUCAUAAGGUCUUGGAUGCGUCGAAAGGGCUUACCAACAAGCGCCCUGUAGUAAGGAAAGCUCAAGAGGACCUCAAUGUUGCGGGUUCCAAUCAGGCGAUGGAUGGUUGUCCCCUGAAUGCUGCCCUACGAAGUAAAAAUAGCACUGGUGUCACUGAAAGUCAAGCUACAACUGCAUCUGGGUCUAUGGCACGUAAUGGGAAUUGUAACAAUUUAAUUGUCCAGGCUGAUGACAUUUCUCCUGAAGGAAUGCUCCAGUUAUAUGAUAAGCCUUGUCCCAACGCGGCUACUAAGUUAUUAAAGUCCAUCAUUAAGAUGUUUCAGAAGGAGGAAAAGAAUCGUAGAAACAUGGAGGAUAAACUCAUAGCUUUGCAGGAGGCGUUGGAGGGUCGUGAUGGGUCUGGACAAACAGGGCAAACAUUUCCGAAGCGUAAAAGAGAGUCUAAGAAAGAGAAAGAUGAUGGAACAUUCGAGGAGGAGAGGGAGAAACGGCAACGUCAGGUUAAAGAAUCCAAGAAGAAAGUGACUAGUUUAAGCCAUGGUGACGCUGCAACUUCACCGGGUGAGCGACUUUGUACUGCUGUAGACAAAUGUCUUCCGCAGGAGAAUGGAGCACAGCAGAAUGAUAAUCUGUUAACCGGAGAUUGCCAACCUGUCCAGGAUAGACUAUCGGAGAUGAUAUCUACUCUUCAACACACAUGCAAAGGGGAGGGAUUGUUCGAGACUCCCGGAGAAUGCCAAGAAAGCCUGGAUGUACCUAGCGUGGCAGAAUGCAAGGAUGCUUCUGACGUUAACGUUUGCAAUGAAGAUAUAUUUAAAGAAGAGACAGGCACUAGUAUAGACCUGGAAAAUAUCGAUGAUGCGUUGGGAGAAGACUGGUGGGCCAAAAAAGUGCUUUUAUCACCAAUUUCGGAAAGUGAUCUUGCUACAUAAUUGACUUACCUCUGAAACUCGAUGACAACAGGCUGAUAUAUUCACAGGCCCUUGGUGGUGAAAGCAACCAGAUCUCAAGUCCAGUAUAGAGGUGUUCUGAGGGUAUCAUUUGACAGUGGAGGCGCAGAAGAAUAUGGAUACCGGUUUCAUAUGUCGCUGGACGUUUGCCACUUAGUAGACAUGAUAUGACGCUUACAAUGAAUCUCUUUUUUCACCCUUCAUGGAUUUGGUUAUAAUCUUUUGGAAAGAAUUGUGUCUAUCACACUAUUCAGUCAGGAGGGCGUCCCCUGAAAUUUGCUGAUUUUACGACAUUGAAUCACCAGGCUGCGCGGUACAUGAGACAUUAAGAGAUGUUACCGAGUUGUUGGUGUUGAGGUAGAAAACCUCACACCUGUAAUGAAGACUUGCGGUAACUCUUAUUUUCACAAAAUGGGAAUUCUCAACUCUUUCACAAGUUCACAGAUUACAGGACCACGGGAGAACUGGUAAUUUUUUUAACUAAGCUGCUAAUAUAGCUUUAACUUUGAAAUCGCCUAAGCUAGGACUGCAUUGGACUAGGUUCAUCAGAAAGUCCAAUUCACUCAGGUGGGGUAUUCAUAUGUGCGUGUGCGAAGGUAGCACAUCCCUUUUAUCUCCGUAUUCUGGGACUUGAACAAAUCACUUAUGCCAUGAUGCAGGUAGAGCUUUGGUAGUACCACAGACUAAAUUGGCAUGGUCGUAAAUCUGUGAUACAAUGGACUGCUCAAGUGAAAAUUCUCAAUCGUAGCAUGUUCACUUUACCAGGUACCUUAGAGACGAUGCUCAUCGGUUUGGUAGCUGGUCUCGUUAAGGUCCGUUGUCCAUUUCUCUAGUACUCCGCAUCAAUCUAAUACUCUUUCAGAAAUUGGCGGCUGACAGCUUUCGGCUUGCGGCUGGAGUUUAUCUAGCACGGAGAAUUCUACGUUUAUUUAAAAAAAUUGCAUCCAGACAGAGAAUCGAUUCCUGUUUGAAUGUGCAGAAAAAGACUGGGUGUGACUUUAGAUUUUUGAGAUGGAAUUAUCUUUUGUCUCCAUUUAAAAUCAAUUGAAUACGUAAGAUCCCGACGCUGAAA